AUGGGCUGCUGUUCUUCAAACAACGAGCAAGUUCGUACUCUUGAAAAAGAAAUCGCUAAUCUUAAAAGCGAAAAAAAAGACCUUAAUGAAAAACUUAACACCACAAAUUCCACAACAAUUAUUCAUGAAAACGAGCCUUCAAGCGAUGUCGUUCAAUUAAUCAGCUCUGAGCAAAAUGAAGUUUCUCAAGUUUUACAUAUUUUGAUCAAUUACCUUGGAAAUGCAGGACAAAUGAUCCAUGAGAUUGGGGUUAACUCAAAAAUCAAAGAUCUUGAAAAGCAACAGGGGGUCGAAAAAAUUAAGAAAUACAUGACUGUGAGGAAGGAAGAGACGAGUCUUGAGUUAAGACUUUGUGAAAAUGUUAAGCAAGCUGCUGAAAGGCUAGAACAACUGGAUAGCGAAAAAAGAGCAGAUAUUAAUAGCAAAAUUAAUGAAUUAGAAAGCUUAAUUCCUGAAAGUUCCAAUUCAAAGCCUUUUCUGGAUGCAAUUAAGAAAAAAUCAGAUGAAUAUGGUGGGAAAAAAGAUUUAAAUAUUGUCAAUGUGGCUACAAGGCUGCUAAAUACGUUACAUUUAGAGCAUGAGAUUGUGGUGCUAAAAAAUAAUUUACCAAAAAAUUAUGAUGAGGUUGAAGGAGAAGCUGUUAAAAAUUUAAAGCAAAUCCAAGAAGAAUUGCUACAAGCUCUAAAUGAGUCUUAUUUAAACCUCAAAAAGAUCAGCUUAGACCAUGGCUCUCCAGAUGAUAAUGCAAAGAUAAAUUCUAUGAAAAAUCUCACUGAGCCAGAGUUUUUCUCUGAUUCUAUCUUAUCUGUUGCAAAUUCACUAUCAAAUGGAUUUAAAAAUUUAAUCUCAAUAGAAAAAGAAAAAACAAGGAUUUUGCAAGCGAAUACAGUCGAUAACGAAAUUAAUCAAAUUGAUGAAAAAAUGAGCAAAUACUUACUCACUCCCUCAGUUAACGACCAAAAAUUUUUAGCUCAUAUUUUUUCAAAAAUUGGAAAUUAAUUUAUUUUUAAAAUACAAGCUUUUUAAAAUUAAUUAUCUUUCACUUAUAAAUAAAAUAUUUUUCAAUAAAUAAAUUUUAUAUUCGCCAAAUUUUUGUUUGCUUAGAGGGAUUUUCAUUCAAAAAAUAAGGAUUUUCCAAUAGUUUUGUUCUCUCACAUAGAGAGGAGGAGUUAGAGCAGUCAAAUUCUGCAAAAGAGAAGACCCUUUCAAGUUUACAAAGACAUUUGGGAGGAGCUGAAAAAGUUGACGUUCAAAAAAUAACAGAUUUGUCAAAGCUUUUUAGCUCAGCCAAAGGAAAUAUCCAUUCAUCUUUACUAGGAGCUUUAGGGACUCUUAACCAAAAAAGUUUAUUGAAGACUACUAGAUCGCUUCGGUCAAAAAUAGAAACAAUAAUAAGCCAUUCAGAACAGCAGGAUAAAGCGUUAUUUAACUUAGCUGAGCAGGUUGCAGGCGUUCAAAAUCAUUUAGAUGAUCUUGAAAUCCAAUUAGACGAAUUUUUGAAGCAAGAGAUGAGAGAGUUAACCAGAACUGUAUCAGCAAAUGAUCAAGAAUCAAGAGAUUUAUUGGACAAGCUUAAACCAGUGAUUUUUGAAAGAAACUCCCAAGCUGAAACUGCUAUGAAUAUAGUCGACCAUCUUGGUGUAAUCUUCAAUAUUCUAUACUUUAUUAUAUUGCUUAUUAUAAGACAAAGCGCAAAUUUUUUUUUAUCAAAAAAAAUAUCACUAUCAUAUCUAGCCAAUAAAGUAUAAAUUUAAAGGUUCCCAUAAAAUUGAGCAAACUAGAGAGAAAAUUCGAGAAUACAAUAAAGAUGAAAUUAAUCGCGUAAAAUCAGAAAUGCAAGAAAAAAUUAACCAAUUAGAAGAUAGAAAAUCCCAGCUCGAAACUGAAAAUGAAAGAAUUGAAGCUCAAAUAAAAAUACUGCAAGCAAGCAUACAAGCUGAUGCCGAAAUUGUUAACAAUUUGAGCCAAAGUUCGUCAAGCAAAGAAAUGGAAAUGAGCAACUUGAAAAAUCAAGUCACAAGCUUAACCGAAGAAAUUUCAAAUUUAAAGGAAGAACUGGAUAAGGCUCAAGAUGAAAUAUCAGACAUGAGGAAGGAAAAUAGGACUUUGAAAAAGUCUAUAAGAGAAAAAGAAAACGAAAUUAGAGAGCUUAAUGAAAAGGUUGGAGCAGCUUAG